AUGGCCGACGACCACAUCCUCACGCUGACGUGCCCCGACAAGCCGGGCAUCGUGCACGCCGUCACGGCCGUCUUCGCCUCGCACGGGCACAACAUCCUCGACCUGCGCCAGUUCAGCGACCCCGCGUCGAGGCGCUUCUUCAUGCGCGCUCCGGCUCCGGCCCCGGCCCCGGCCCCGGCGCCACCGACCACCUCGCCGCGCCCUUUGCGGCGCUCGCGGCCGACUACGACAUGA